CGUAUCAUUUCUCUUUCAGAAGCUAUCGCCGUUCCUUUCCUACUUCCUAUUGUUGCAGUUUCGUCAUGGAAAACGAACCCUUUCUCUUGAAUCCUAGAGAAGCAGAGGAAUCCGGCAUUUCGGCGUGUGAUAAUCUUCCUUCCGGCGCACGUGAUGUCGCCCAUGAUGCCGGUAUCACCAUUCCGAGGACACCCCGUUCUUCUUCUUCAUAUGUCAAUUUCGUUGCCAACUUGAACAAUAAGAAGAUAAUUUGCCGUUCGCAUUCCGCUCCUUCAAUGUUCAGCAGCAACAAGGAAUCAGUUCCCGACCUUUCAUUUCCUGGACGUGCCCCUGAGUUGACCUCUUCGAUUGUCCGUCAAGCAUUGAUAGCCGUCUUCGUGUAUCUUAUGUUCGGCGUUGUCAUCUACAUAACUACUGGAAAUUUCGAGGGCCAGGAGACGGUGAGAUUCAUCGACGCCGUGUACUUCACUGUGGUCACGCUCUGCACGAUCGGUUACGGCGAUAUCGUCCCAAGCACCACAUUUACCAAGCUAUUCACUUGCGUGUUCAUCCUGGCAGGAUUCGGAUUACUUGGGAUUCUGCUCAAUGGUUUGGUCACCUACAUCUGCGAUCGGCAGGAAGCCGUAAUGUUGAGCACUGUGGAUGAGAACAGCUUCAAUGCGAUGGUUCAGACGUAUAUGGUCGAUAAAGAAAAGGGCAGGAUGAGGAUAAGGAUCAAAGUUUGCUUGGCCUUAGGUGUAGUCUUAAUUUGCAUUGCCCUGGGGACGGUGACGGUUCGUUUCUUGGAGGAUUUGAGUUGGGUUGAUAGCUUUUAUCUGUCUGUCAUUUCAGUGACCACGGUUGGUUAUGGAGAUUGUGGGUUUUCGACUGCGAAAGGAAGGUGUUUCGCAAUAGUGUGGCUGCUAUUGAGUACAUUGGCCGUUGCUAAGGCAUUUGUGUACCUAACCGAACUGAGAGUCGACAAGAGGAAUCGCCUGAUUGCAAACUGGGUUCUCCAGCAGAAGAUGACUUUGGGAGAUUUAGUCGCUGCUGACUUGGACAAUGACGGAUAUGUCAGGAUAGGCAUCACAUAAUCAUCAUUUGAAGUGAAGAAUUUUGUGUGACGGGGCAUGACUGAAAAUAGAUGUGAUUAAGACUGAUGUGCUCACAGCAAAUCGGCAGGUGGAAGAGCACGUGAUGAAUGGGCUAAGAGGAAGGUGAAUAAGGAAGACAGAACAUACUAGGAAAUAGCAACACACAUGAUGGUAUAGAUGCUCGGUCAGACAUGAUCACCUCAGUCUAAGAAGUAUGGUUAGUGAGGAAUGUUAGUUGUAGCUAGCAAUAGCAGAAACAGCCAAGAUAUAUCAACAGUAGAACUAUAUUCAUCAAUUAGAUGAGAAUUCAGGCAGAUGCAGAACCAAUAAGGCAUGACAAGGAAAAAAUUUAGAUUGCAGAAGAUUACUGUCGAUCGGAGACAAUAGUAUCGUCUCUUCUCUUAUUCCUUCACGUAUGUUAACUGGUUAUAUUUGAAGUUGAUGUCAGUAGAAUGUUAAACCAUUUCGAUAAGAUUAUAUUGCCAGAUUGCAGCACUGGAAGUGAUAUAUGCAAUCUAGUUUAACUGCUAACUGCUAGAUUGUGAGAGAGAGUAUGAUGUGAGGCCUGCAAACAAAGCCGAUCCUUCAUGUGGCCUUAACAACUAGUUUAAAAGAAAAUGACUCACCAGAUUGCCUGUUAAGUAAAUUUUCGAGAGCACUCAUACUUUUGAAGUAAACCCUUUCUUUGAUAUAGAAUGGACCCCCAUUGUGAGAAAGACAGACUGAUAUCUAGUUAGAAUUAGCGGCUGGCAAGAUCGAAACAAGUUAACAGAUGAGUACAUCAGGGCAUGAGGCAAAAGAACAGAAGACUUGAUCUCUUAUUAGGUUCAAAACUGAAAAUCAUUAUAGUAACACUCAGGAACACAGUGUCGGCGCUCUUCAGAGAUUGUUGGUCACCAUAACAUGAGAAAUCUAAGCACCAGAGCCUCCAAUUGAAGGCGGAGCAGAAGUCAGACAGAAGCAGCAUUGGAGAGACAAAGGAAAAAGACAGUAACAAAUGGAAGAACUUUAGAAUUUUAGGUGGUUAGGCCUUAUAACAUAGCUAGCAUAGCAGUUUAAAGCAAA